AUGCCUAUUAUUCUGCCAGUUUUUUUCAGGAAGAUCUUCAUCUUGCAAUUGGUAGGGCUCGUGCUAACCUACAAUUUCACUGACUGUGACUUUGAGAAGAUUAAAAAAAGGUAUCACUAUGUCAUUUAUCCAGCCCUGAAGGAAUAUAUGAAUGGGACCAAGAGUACAAAGUUCAACUCCAUCUCCUGUAAAGACCCGCCGGAUUGCCUCACUAAAAUAGAACAAAUUAACUUCAACCCCACGCACGGCUGUCCGUCACUUCCCAAGGAAAUUUUCGCAGUAAGAACUAAUGCUACGCUCAUUCUCCAGUGCCCAGGCUACUACGGAAUUCAGAUAAAUACUCAGGCAAUGAAGGAAAGAAAGAACAGAGAAGUCACAACAAACAAAUGCCUGGAACAAGUCUCAUACUUAAUAUAUUUGUGGCAUCGUUUCAGUCGCAUUUCUUAGAAACAAAAUAACCUUUGUUCACAUCAUAUUUCAAGUAACAAAAUAAAUAUUUAUUAUGUAGAUGGAACAUUAACUCUAACUGUGACAUUUAAAGGAUCACAAAUCAUUAUUUUUUUAAUUACCGGAGGGUGUCUUAACUUAUUUUUGUAAACUUUUAUUGCUUAAUGUAGGUCUAUAAUGUGGGAGAAGUAAUAGCCCUCAAAUGUCUGGGAAGACUUUGUAGCUUUGAUGCCUCAGCCACUAGCUUUGUGACAGUAACUCUCAGCUGGAACUACAUAAGCCUUACUCCAGGGGAAGAUUCUAAAAGUGAAGUGGCAGGAGGGCUUUUUCCCUUGAAAAAGAAGGUUGAACUGAAUAGCAUGUAAACCUCUGUUUAAAAGGCAGGUAUUUCUUCUACAUGUGCUGACACUUCUCGUGUUCUCAUACUCAAAAUUGACAAGAGAAGAAAAUAAAAGCAAAAGGGGCUGCACAAAAAAUUGUACCUAGAGUGAAGCCAUUUGAAAGAACUUCCAAGCAAAAUAUUGUGAAAAUACUGAAUUUUAAGUGAUCUGACAGACAAGAGUGGUAUAUGCAAGCAGAUCCUGAAGAACUGCCUUUGUUAAAGCUAAAAUAUAUAUAUUUUUAAACCUAUGGACUAUAUUUUAAUUUAUUUUGUAAGCAUUUUUAAGAAGUAUAUAUUCUUCUAUAAUUGACACUAUCUGUAUUUCUUAAUAAAACAAUUUUCAAAUUGG